UUCGUUUUCCCAGGAUUCUGCCCUGUUUAUGCGUGACGUCACAGUGUUGUUGUUGUUUUGGUCGAGCAGCUGAAGUACAAGGGGAAAAGAAGUUUCAGUUUAAUGUAACAGUGUAGCAGAUCAGUCACUACCUACAUCCAUCAGCAUGGGUGGCGCCGUCAGCACUGGUGCGGAUAACAAUGAACUAGUGGACAACCUGGUGGAAGCCGACUACAUCAAGAGUCCUCUUGUGGAGAAGGUGUUCCGUGCUGUUGACAGAGCGGAUUACUACGUUGACGGGCACCGAGACAGCGCAUACAAGGACCUGGCAUGGAAACAUGGCCACCUGCACCUGUCGGCACCAUGCAUCUACUCCGAAGUCCUGGAGUCACUGCAGGUGAAGGAGGGCCUCUCCUUCCUCAACCUGGGCAGUGGCACUGGCUACCUCAGUACCAUGACCGGACUCAUCCUAGGGCCUUAUGGUGUGAACCAUGGUGUUGAGCUGUACGAGGAUGUGGUGGAAUAUGCACGGGAGAGGCUGGAGGAGUUUAAGAAGAGCUGUGAUACCUUUGACGAGUUUGACUUCUGCGAGCCGCUGUUUGUGGUUGGGAACUGCCUCCAGAUCAACUCCUGCUGCCGUCAGUAUGACCGUGUAUACUGUGGAGCAGCCUGCCCAAAGGAACAUGAGAACUACAUGAAGAAUCUCAUCAACGUCGGAGGGGUGCUAGUCAUGCCCCUCAACGAUCAGCUGCUACAGAUACGCCGCACUUCAGAGACAACAUGGGAGACAAAGAACAUCCUUCCAGUUUCCUUUGCCACCCUUGUGUCUCCAUCAAAGGAGGAUGAGAUGAUUGAUCUCCCUGAUGUGUCACUGCCGAUGCUGCAGGAAGUAUGUCGCAUCACCAUCAGGAAGAUCCUGCGUGUUAACAUCCUAGCCUCCUUUCCUCACCUCAAGAAUGUCCGCAAGAAGAAGCGUGAACCUGUCAAGAAACGUGCAGGCAAACAGAGACGCAUCAAUAUUGUGCCCAUGAGCAUGGGGAUGAUGAUCCUCGGGCAGUUUGAGGACAGCGAUGAUGAGGAGGGAGGGGAGCCAGUUCGGUUGAUCCGUAGACGACGCUUCCUGCGGAGUGUUGCUGAUGCUGAGGAAGAGGAAGAAGAGGGCAUGGAGGAAGACAGUGAACAGAUGGAGGAGGGUGGUGCCGAAGGGGAGACGGAGAGGGAAGGGGAAGCUGAGGCAGGAGCCUCUGGAGAACAGCAGUCGAAGACCACUAGAGUCAGAAGUGCCCCAACCAGAAAUGGUGCUGCAUCCUCAGGGAGCCAUUCUAGCUCCACAACGACCUCUACCAAUAGCAGCAGCAGACUUCAUGGUAUAGGUCGCUUUCUGGCCGAUGCCCAUUCCUCUGAUGACUCUGACAACGAUGAUGAGGACGAUGAUCAUCAUGAUGAGGAUGAUGAAGGUGUUGACAUUGUGGAAAUGCUGCAGUUGAACGAUGUUGCAAAAUCUGGACUUAGUCCCCCACGCAAGAUUCGCUGUUCAUCCAACACAAGUGCUGAUACUUCGGAAACAUCAGGCAUUGGGUCUCUAGGAGAUGACCCUCUGGAAGCCGACACGUCACAUGACAACAGUGAGAAGGCAUCACCUGCCAGCAGCUUCGAGGGCUCCGGCAACCAUGCCAUGGACUGCACAGAGCAGGAGGAUGGACGACCACGGGUAGUGGUGGGCACGAUAUUGAGGGAGAGGAUAGGACAGCUGCCGCUGCCUAUUGCACUGAAGACAUACUUGAUGUACUACCGCAACUAGCCACGCCCACCUUGUUAUGGUAUUUCAGGGUUGUACCAGCUGGUGGAUAAGCUUGGUAAAGUGUUCAGGUUCUAUAAUCUGAUUGCCAUGCAACAUAUGUAAGGGACGGUGUGUUAUGUGGAUAUUGACUCAAAUUUGAGAUGACAGCAAGCUUUCACACGUGACUCAAAUUUGAGAUGACACAAUGCUUUCACACGUGUGACUCAAAUGAGAUGACAGCCAGCUCUCACACAUGUCAUUCAAAUGAGAUAAUAGUCGCUUUCACACGUGUGACUCAAAUAAGAUGAUAGCCUGCUUUCACAUGUGACUUGACUGAAAUGACAGCAAGCUUUCACAUGUGACUGAGGCAAUGUAAUGACUGACAGAAAUCACUUAACUGGUUUCACGACCAGCUUUCAGAUAUCUGACUUGACCAUAGUCACGGCCAGCUUUGACAUAUGUGACUUGACCCGUGUCACAGUUCAGCUUCCAUUAGAGUGACCAACCAGUUACAGAGACCCACAAGCACAGCAAGCAUUUGUUGGUAGCUGUUAGUCAGGACGUGGAAUAAACUGACCAAUUGUCUGUGAUAGAUUUGGGGAGGAUUUCACCGUGUAAAUACUUUUGUACAUAUGUUUUGAAUAUAAGUGCCAUGUUUUGAAAUGAUUGUGCUAGUUGUCUCAGUGCUUGGUUUGGGGAUGAAGAAAUCAAAUUUUGCUAUGUUUGACACGAAUGAGUAGACAUCAAAUUUUGUCUUUUCUUGUUGUUAGACCGGACUUAUAUAUAUGGAUUCUAGAACUUGACCAGGGCAGGUGAAAUGCCUGCUUCAAUAUCCUACAAUACAUAUACCCACCUGUCUAGUUCAGUCUCACAGUCACACUGUUUUGAGAGACAACAAUGUCUGUAUUCUUUUAUGAGGCCAUUAUAGAUAUAUCAGUUAAGGAACUUUCAGCCCAGACAUCAUUUUGAUUCCCAUGGCCAUCUGACACAUACAACCCAAAUCACAUUGUCCCUCCCCCACCCCCAUACACACCACCCACCCCUAUGUGACACACCACCCACACACGUUUGACACAUGCCAACCAAAUCACUUUCUCCCUCCCCACCCACACACGUUUGACACAUACCAACCAAAUCACUUUCUCCUCCCCACCCCCAUCACACACCACCCACACGUUUGACACAUACCAACCAAAUCACUCUCUCCUCUCCUACCCCCACCCACACACACGUUUGACACAUACCAACCAAAUCACUCUCCUCUCCCCACCCACACACGCCUGACACAUACCACACCAAAUCACAUACCAACCAAACCCUCUCCCCCUCCCCCCCGAUCUGACACACCACCCACACACGUUUGACACAUACCAACCAAACCACUUUCUCCCUCCCCACCCACACACGUUUGACACAUACCAACCAAAUCACUUUCUCCCUCCCCCACCCCCAUCUGACACACCACCCACACACGUUUGACACAUACCAACCAAAUCACUUUCUCCCUCCCCACCCCAUCUGACACACCACCCACACACGUCCGACACAUACCAACCAAAUCACUUUCUCCCUCCCACCCCCCCCAUCCCAUCUGACACACCACCCACACACGUUUGACACAUACCAACCAAAUCACUUUCUCCCUCCCCACCCCCAUCUGACACACCACCCACACACGUUUGACACAUACCAACCAAAUCACUUUCUCCCUCCCCACCCCAAUCUGACACACCACACACACACACGUUUGACACAUACCAACCAAAUCACUCCCCCUCCUCGAGCCCAUCUUGCCCCUAAUUUUGCAUUUCUUAAAGUGACAUCCUUUCUCCAUUGUCUCAACCAUUAAAAUUGAUGAAAAUCUUGCAUUUCUGUCCCAGCUUCUUUUCUUUUGGAGAAUGUAUCCAGUUUUAUUCAGCCAGAAAGCUGCUUUAGUUUCACGUAUCUUUCAGGUAACUAAGCCUUCCCAGUGGCACACUUCUCAUCGGGCCCAGGGUAAUGUUGAUGAAUACACUAGAUUCACUCAUACUUCCAGAGUGUUUCGUACCAUAAUAAAAUGAUUACAUUUCUACUUAGUGUACCAAUUUUCACAUAAACUGAAAUUAUUUCACACCGUGUCAGCAUUGAUGUUGAGUGACAUUUUUUGGGAAAAAUACAGUAAUCUCUAUUCCAUUGUCAGUUGUAGUGCCUUUGGUCUUGUAGACUUGACUGUCUUUUCAAUGCUAAGUAAUGUAGGUAUUAUGUAGCCUUAUCUGAACAGUUCAUCACUAAUUAUAUGGUUAUCGGGCUGGUUAUGUACAGAUGGGAGGGAAUCACAUUACAUAACAAAUGGCUGUGAAACAUUCUGGGAAGCAUAGAGCGUUGACAUCUGGAUGACAGAAGGACAUAUGCUAUAUCCCACAUGGCUUCCAGGACAAGUUCAACAAGAUAUGUCUGUGAUAUGUUAAGGUCAUGAAUCUUGAAUAACAAUGUUUAUGUAUAGAGCAUUAGUGUUUGAUCAUUGCUCCUCAAUCUGAUCGGAUUUGAUAAAACCAGAUUGUUUUCACUUUUUUCCAAACAACUUAACAUGUGUCACAUGAAAGGGAUGUAACUUCUCAACAACAUGCCCUCAUAGGACAUCUUUACAAUUAGCAUGAUUAAGUUUGUUGAAUUUCUCUGUUCUUCCUUGUUAUAUCUUUAUAAUGUCAUCAUGAGCAUUUCCUUUGUCUGAUGACCUUGAAGCACGGUCAACCACCAUUUUGUACAUUCUAGUCAGCAGAUCAUUAGCCACAGUUUAACUAGACAAAAUAACUUUACCAGAAAUUGGUAUAUAUGACAUAUUUAGAUUGUAUAUCCAUUUGAAAGAUACUGAUUGAAGAAAGUAAGGGAACAUAGCAUCAUGUGUGUACCCAGAAGGCCAUUGGAGACUGUUUUGACCUACUUGUUACCUGACAACUGAUUUCAUCUUCUUUCUGUAUUUUCUCAAAUCUGACAGGUAAGUUGCUAUUGGGAUUUGUCUACUUUUGCAUCAAAGCUAAUAUUCAGCCACAACUCUAGAGCUCAUGUCAGUAAACAUUUUCAGAUUGGAAUAUGGACGUUCCCAUUUCAUGUCACAAUGUUAGCUAAGAUUUUGGCUUUACCGGAUGAUAUAUAUUUCACUGUCAAUAGGACCAAGGAAGGAAAAAGGAUGUACCGUUUCCAUUUACAUCAUUGAAUGCUGUGCUGACAUACCCCAGAACGUAAGAACUUGACUUUUGAAACAGUAAUUAAGUUUUGAAACCUAGAUAGAUCCCCGAGUGCAGUCAACAUUGCAUAUGUUGUCGCUUGCAGUUUUUGCAGGAUUGAGCACACAUCCAGAGCAUUCAUAUGUUUUUAAACAUUUGAAUUAACACAUUUGUGAUUUCAACAAAAUUCAGUGUUUGUCAAGUUUCAAAAAGCACACCUGCUUGUCUUUUCUAGAAAGUUUUAUCCAUACUAAUUACUUGUAUAUACCUCAUGUAAAAUAUGUGAUGAUGUUGAUCUAGGUUCAUUAUGUACUUAACAAAACCUUUUGUCAUCUUGAAAAAUAGAAUCUCCUGUGGAACUUGAAGCAGGUUUCAUUCUUUCUAAUUGUGCUGGUAAGUGCUAAAUGUUUCCAUGUAUCCACAGAACAGUUCACACAAUUUUAUGUAUAAUGUUAAAGAGAAAAGGCAUGGUAUCCUUGCCAUAAUCCCGAUGUUAAGAAAAGACUGAAGGGGUAAUUUGAAACCUGCACACCUUGGACCUCAUCAAUUGUGUUGGUGAUCAAAGGGGAGAUAACUCAUUUGCCGAAUAUAGACCAUUCAGCAUUUUCCUGUCUGUUGUCCUCUUUCCAGGACUUCUUCUUGUACAUUGUUUGAAUAUUAUGUUUGUUUCAGUUUGAUUUCAGAUUGUUUCCGUUGUUGUUGAAUUUUGUGUUCAGUACCAAAUGUGUUCUGUGUCACCAUAGUAACCAUAUUUACAAUUGUCUCGGACUUGAUUUGAAAAAUCACACUGUGCACUUCACUGUCGUCCAUACCAGGUAUGUGUUGCCUCACAGCUAUUAAAACUGUCUUAACAGGUAUUCAGGAGACUAAAGAGAAGACAUUAAUAUGCAUUAAUAAAGCUGUUCAAAUUCCACAAAAUUUAAUAAAGUUUUUGUUAUCAAAAUGGAGCAAUGGUAAAAUCUCAGUGCUAUCAAUCCUACCAUCUUUAUUACUGAUGGGAAACAAGGAUGCUAUUCUUCCUCUGCACAUUAUCCUGUAUUCACAUGCAGCUUAGGGAUCCGUCAGUUGGAGAGGUAGUUACAUGGGGCAGGAGUGCUUGGUGGAAGUCCCUGGAAUAAUUUUUGACAGUCACCUGCCAACAUUACUUCAGUUAAUGUGAAAAGGUUGAAUUGUCUUUUGUCCAUCAUGUUUACUUUGUACUCUUUAGGAAUUGUUUUCUUAGAAGUUGUAAAUAUGAGACGAAAUAAAUCAUAUUAUUAUUCUC